GCCAAGAGUCUGGGAUUCCCGGGGUUUUACGCUGCGGUCAAAGGAUACCCAUCACUCGGUCCGUGCGUGCAGUGUGGUUCUUUAGGAGCUUUGUACCGCCCUCUCGAGGCUUAAUUUUUUCUCUUCAUCAGCGGCGUCUCCAUCCCUCCGGUUAGUUCCUCGCCCGAGAACGGGACGGAUUUUCGGCUUCUUUGUACACGAUGGACCAUGUGAGGAAGAAAAAGAAAAUGAAGGAGGACGUCGUCGUGGCUAGUGGUGACGAAGAUGACCGUGAUGUAGAGGAAGAAGACGAAGAAGCUUUGGUGGCUUUUAUCGAGCACAAGUACAAAGAAGUGGAGCAUCUCGCCCAGAGAGUAUCCUACUUCUCUAAACAACUAGAAGAGACUAAGAGCAGGUUAAAUGAGUAUCAAUCAAAGGUAGCCUGCCUCAGAAGAAACACUGAUGGUGGAGAAUUAAAAUCCACUGCAGAUCAUGGUAGUAUGAAAGCCAGUUUUACUGAUGGACCAACAACUGUUAUGUGCAUUGAUGAAAUUCAACCUCAAAUUCAAAAUCGAUCCAGAUCUCAACUUAUUUCUCCGGAGGCUAGGCAACCAACAAUAUUGCCAAAAGGAAGGGAAGAAAAUAAAGGCCUAAUUCCUGUUAUACGUAGUUUGUCAGCUCCUUGCAUGAUUCACGUUCGGCCAUGCACCCAAAUUUCCAGCCAACACAAGAGAAAAUUGAGAAGUCUUGCUUUAAAUCCUAUAAGAGAUGAAAUCGCAACAAGUGAUUUGGAUGGAAUUGUUAAAUUAUGGAAGCUCCAAUCAAAAGGAUCUUAUGUCUCCUUGCUAAGUUCAACUGACUGCUUAUCGUCAAUGUGGAAGUCACCUGACAACAUAACAUGGCAUCCCAAUGGUGAUAGCGUAUUUGCUGUGUACAGUGCAGAUGAUAAAGAUUCUCAAGUAUCUAUCCUGAAUUUUAACUCAUCUAAGGAAUCCAGGGUCACAUUUUUAGAGGAAAGACCUCAUCAUAAGGGUGUCAUCAAUCACAUAGAAUUCAUGCCUUGGAGUACUGUAUGUUUUGUAACGGGUGGAGAUGACCACUCUGUUAUUCUCUGGAAUGAGAAAAACCGAAGGAACAUUUGGAAGCCAGAGCUGUUGCACAGAAACAUCCAUUCUUCAGCUGUUAUGGGUUUUGCUGGGAUGUCUCAUAAGCAUAUGGUAGUAUCUUCUGGUGCCGACAAGCAAAUUAUUGGGUUUGAUGUAGAUGGAAGGAAAACUAAUUUCAAGCAUCAAAUGGACAGCGAGUGCAUGGGAGUGCUGCCCAAUCCCUUGGACUUCAACCUAUUGAUGGUGCAAACUAGGAGACGGGAGAAGCAACUAAGGUUGUUUGAUAUGAGAGUAAGACCGUCAGAGAUCCAUGCAUUUGGAUGGAAACAAGUAAGCACCGAUUCACAAUCAGCAUUAAUAGGCCAGGCAUGGUCUCCUGACGGGAUGUACAUCACGUCUGGUUCACCAGACCCCGUGAUACACAUAUUUGACAUACGGUACAACUCCUCAAACCCUGCUCAAUCUGUGAAGGCUCAUCAAAAACGGGUUCUCAAAGCUGUCUGGCACCAUCAUUUCCCAGUUCUGAUUUCCGUAUCCUCUGAUUUUCACAUUGGGUUACACAGAAUCCGUUAACUACAAUUUUGAACCUCUGCUUGUGCUUAAUCUCGUCCAUGGCUGAAACUAAGCUUCCCCUUUCUCAGAGGAUCUUCAGAAAUUGCUAUGCAAAAUGUUUUGGAGAGAAUUAUUAUAGGAUAACCAUUUGUUGUACUCUUAUUUUUGUCCUUAUUGAGCCUCAAUUAGAGGAUAUUUGUG